AACGGCCGCUGUAAACUAGUAUAAAUACGGGGUGAUUGAUCCCACACCUCCCAAGUUUACAGCUCAAGAUGUUUCUGAAGCAGUCUUUUGUUCUGAGGUUUUGCCUUUUCCUGGGCGUCUCCCUGGUCUCCGCAACCAAGCUGCACUUCGCCAUUAGACCCAACUCCCAUAUCGUUGAGCUGCAGGAGGAGAGCAGGGAGCUGGCUGCCACACAUGCGGAAGUCUCCGGAAAGUGUUUCGCGAUCUACUCACCGAUUUUGUCCAAAGUUGUGGAAGAUUUUCAAGUUAACUAUGGGGCCUGCAUUUCGGCCUUUGACAAUGGCACCGCUGUAGUCAAUGAAAAGUAUUCAGACGAUCGCCAGAGCAUCUUGAGGUCUGCCAAUAUCGGUUGCUCUUAUCCCAAUGCCAACUGCCAGGUUUGGACAUCAGAAGCACAGGAUCUGAACGUCGUCAUCUCUCGCCUCGAAUGCGCCUCCAGCAAUUCCGGCGAAAGUGCAAAACUGUUCUACGCCAUUUCGGCCAAUGCCACGGAGAUCGCAGCCAAGAUCCAGGAGGAGUACAGACUUUUAACAUCCAAAAGGGAAAUUUGCCUGAAUGACGCCAAUCGCUCCUAUGUUGAGGACACCGCCGACACAUAUGAAGAAUUGAACGCCUGCUUGGAAGGUAGAAUAUCUGCAGCAAAUACCACCACCACAUGCCAAACUAUAGCUCCAACAAACACAACAACCGCAGCUCCAACAACAAAAAAUAAUUAA